GCGAGAGGCGACGUUUGGCGUCUCCUACUCGCCUGAUUGUAUAUUCUUCGAUGAUUCUCUUCCACUUCCACUUCACCAUCACCGUUUCUGAUUCUGCAAUUCUUUCGCCUUAUUCAUCUGCAACCUCGACCCAUACCAUUUCAUCUACAAAACCAUUCUAUAACUGCUUCUUAAUAAAGCGAAAUCAAUCCCUUCAGACCUGUUUGAUUCUCUAUCGUUUUAUCUUUGUUAAUCUGAUGUUUUGGAAUCACUUUUACAGUAGGUUAGGUUUGGUCAAAGACAUAGCUAAUGCUUGCUGCGUGACUGAUGAAGACAGCCAUGGCGGUCACCGAGGAAGGGAAGAUCAGGCAAAAAGGAAUAUCUCUGGAAAACGCCACUACAAUGAUCUCUAGAUUGACGGUUCACUUUCUAUUGAUAACCUUUCAAAUAUUUACUUUGUGUUGACCUGAGGCCUUCAUUUGGCUUACCCUCCAUGUCUUUAAGUUUAUUUCCAGAUGAUUCUACUUUCACUAUUAGUUGCAGAGAUUUUGCAGAUAAUAAAGUCACUGAGUUGGAUCCUACAUUGGCAAGAUUUUACCUCCAAAAGGGUACUGAAGCUAGAAGAAUAUACUAUUGCAGUACUGCUAAAACAACACCAAAUGAUAACGAAGUUUAAGAGAAUGAUAGAUGCAUUCAAUCUUCGCAUUGCAGUUCUUUCAGUGAGUGUCAACAUCCAGAUGAGAAACAGAGGAUGUAACUUAGCAGAGAACUGGUUUAGCUCCAAAAUAGAUCAAGUUUUGAGAAUACAUAAGAAGGCAGAACACGAAAGUGCUGAUAACUGUGCACUCAAGGAAGAGAAUGAUAUGAUUUGUUGCGAAAAAAUUGACAUGCGAGAAGCUGACAAACACACCAUUUGCCACAACUGUAGUGAUGCUCAUGUUCAUGAAGACUCUUACUUUGAUGAACAGAAGCUUUGAAUCUAAAAUGCUUAGAAAAGAGCUCGAGAGGUUUCAAGCUUUGCAGCUAGAUUCAUGGGGAGGUCACUUUCUCAUCUCCCUUCGUAUGUCCAUGUCAGCAAUAAUUUUUUGUAGACUCUCCUGUCAAGAAGCCAAGAAUGAUACCUCGGGUAGCAGACUUAGCCAAAAGACGACGUCAGUAAGGGUUUUAUUCCCCUUAAUGUGAAAAAUGUUAAUAGUUGUAAACGCUGGCAAAAUCCAAAAACUGAUACCACCUUCCUACUUUAAGAAAAUGAUUUUACAUAGUCACACAAGAUCUAUUACACAACUCUACAUAUAAUCAUAUUACAAAUCUUCAAAGGAAAAAUACUAAAAAAUAUUGUCUCAUUAAUAAAUUCGAGA